AUGACUGAUAAUUCGCCCGAUUGUGUGCCAUUGAAGGCUCGGGUUUGGGAUAAGAGCAAAAAUGACUGGCGGGAUGAAACAAUCACGCCAACCCAACUUCAUGGCUCAAACAUUCUUCCUGUCCUCCAAUCUGACUCACACGUUGUCGUAAUCUUCGCCGACGCAGACAAGGUCCGCGAGUGCCCCUCAUGUCGCCGAUGUUUCACCACCCAAUUCCAGAUGCCACAGCUAUGGUGGUCAAACUACGCCAAAAAGUCCAACGGUCACUUUGGCUGCGAGACAUUUAGAGACGCUGAAGGCACUGUUACAUCACUCAAUGCAUGGUCACGGUACCUCGUCAAGCAGUUACAUGAAGACGGGCAUUACUGGUACAAGUUUAACACACUUACCAGAUGGAUCGCUUCGUCUUACCAGACCAUUCUGCUGGUUUUUGAAUCCGAAAAGCAGUCCAAGCUCAGCGAGCUCAUCCCCAAAGGGCUGCUCGACGGGUCACACACCGAACCUCACCACGACCCCUUCUGGGUCCACGUCCGACUUCUUGAAGAGCUCUCAGAUCUACAGAACAACGCCGUCUGGACAGUGAGGACCGAGAUCCGCAAGGUCGAAAAGAAGGAGCAGCGCAGCAAGCCGGACCCCAACUACCGGAGCUUACACGACCUCGCGAGACACGCCAUCCACGUCUCCGAGACACUCGACGUAUCUUUGAAGACGGUCAAGUCCAUAGUCGAGCAGCACAAGACUCUCGAAGAGGAAACUUGGCGUGGCGGGAAGCCAAAGAAUGGGAGCUUUCGACAAGUCCGCGAGCGCCUGUUCUGGUACGAGCAUACCCUCGAAAGUCUCAAAUCUCGAGCCCUCUCCAACAAAGAAAGGCUGAUCAACGAGAUUCAACUCUCCUUCAACCUAGUCGCGCAGUACGACUCCGCCAUUUCCGUACAGAUCGGCCAGGCCACUCAGUCCGAUAGCGCAGCCAUGAAGACAAUCGCAUUCGCAACCCUGACUUUCCUCCCCGCGACGUUCAUCUCUGCUGUCUUUAGCAUGUCCUUCUUCAACAUCGACGAUGACACAGGAGAAUGGAGCGUUUCAAACAAAUUCUGGAUAUACUGGGUCAUUGCGAUACCCGUGACCUUACUCACGGCCGGAGGGUGGUAUUCUCGACGGAUCAUUGCUCCGCCACUGCGGAUCGGAGAAGAGGAGCGGCGGGCGAACAAGUUCAAAAAGUUGAAGAAACGCCUGGAGAAGUCUGGCAAGGAUGACGAUGCUUUAGAGAUGGUGUAG